AUGAAUAAAUGCAUCGUUAUAAUUUCUUGUUUUGUUUUUGGGGUUCGCGGAGGAAAAUUUUUAUCCGAUUAUCAUGAAUUGUUACCAAACGAUUACGUAGUUUCCGAUUAUAACUAUUUGUUAACCGUACCGGAAAUUCAAACUAUGGAAAAUUCAUUUAACGAUCCGACGUAUAUUCCGACGUAUUUACCCGAAGAUGAACGAAAUUCGAAACCGGAUUUUUCUUACGGAAAGGAAAUGGAAGUGCCAACAACCACUUUUCUACUACCACCGCUACCACCACCACCAUCGCUACUCCCUCCCACUAAUCUACCACCCGUUACGAACGACGUUCCUCAUCAAAUCGUUCCACCGUUCGAUCUACGUGAAUGGGAUGAUGUUUUUUUUUUAGAAAAUGAUAAACCGGAAAUGGCAUCGUUCGAUCCAUUUAAAUCUAUAGUCGAACUUCCGUCGGAUGAAAAAAUUAAAAAAUUAAGAAUAUACACAUUCGAAACGUGUAAAAAAGAAAAUUUUCAGAAUAAAUUACCCGAUUGGAAAAAGUAUGUUGAACUUAUAAAACCUAGAAAAUAA